AUGGCCUUCUCCUCUGCGAUCCUCCUUCCUUCGCUGUCUUCUUUCACCUCAUCAUGUGACAAAAACACCAUUAGGCGCCGCCGCCAUGGUGGUCUCAAACCAAUGGUUCAGUGCUGCAGCGGCCUGGGGGAAAACCAUGCUCGGAAGCUGAAAGAGGCAAAGCAUCUGUUCACGAAGAAGACAGUGGCAAAAGAUGAAGAAGUGUUGGUAAUGAUUGAUGCUGUCCAGCGACUCGGCAUCGACUACCAUUUCCAGGAGGAUAUCGAAGCUGUUCUCAACGAUGAGCUCGGUGCUGCCAAGAUGGCGGCCGAGGGCGGCGGCCUAGAAGAUGGUCUCUUCCGGGUUUGCUUGAGCUUUCGCUUGUUGAGGCAACAAGAUGUGUUUAACAAGUUGAUGAAUCGGGAAGGGAAGUUCCUGUCGAGAUUCGGACAUCAGCAGCACGUGCAAUCACUGAUGCAACUCUACGAGGCUUCCCAGUGGCUCACACCUGCGGAACACAUAUUGCACGAAGCUCGGGAAUUCAGCGCCCGCCGGCUGCGUUCAUGGACAGCUGCUGCCAACCCGUCGCAAUACGAUCCCCUGGGACAAUUAGCGACGAGAAAAUCCGUCGCUAAUACUCUGAAGCAUCCUUGCCACAGGAGCAUGCCAAGGCUGGCGAUUAAGGACUACUUGAGCAGCUUCAGGGCAGCAUUAAUCACAAACAAGCGGCAGAGUUACUACUACGUGGAAACUCUCAAGGAUCUGGCAUUGUGGUGGGAUGAGGUUGGUUUGGCGGCGAAUGUUGGGAGAGACCGGCUGCUGGUUAAAGCUAGCGCAUGGCCUAUGGCGACGCUGUCAGGAUCCGAAUUCUCCGAGUGCAGGAUAGAACUUGCCAAAAUCAUUGCCAUAGUGUACUUGAUUGAUGACAUCUUCGACACAUAUGGAUCGUUGGAAGAACUCACAGUCUUCGCAGAAGCCGUUACUAGAUGGGACACCGACACAGUAGAAAAACUACCCGAGAUCAUGAGAACAUGUUUUGUGGCUCUCUAUCACACGACUAAUCAAAUCGGAUACCAAGUUUACAGAAAACAUGGAUGGAAUCCGAUGCACUCACUCAAACAAGCAUGGGCAAAAUUGUUCGAAGCAUUUCUAGUGGAAGCCAGAUGGCUAAGAACAAAAGAGUGCCCAAAAUCAGACGACUACUUGAAGACUGGAAUCGUGACCUCUGGAGUCCCGUUGCUGCUGGUCCACUUCUUCUUCAUGUUGGGCAAGGGCCUAACGGGACAGAACGUGGGACUCGUCGACGGCGACGAGCCGCCGCUGAUAUCAUCCGUCGCCAAAAUCCUGCGCCUGUCCGACGACCUUUCCUCCAUGAUAAACAAAUGCAAGACCAAUUUGAUGAACCGAUCGAUCGAAUACUUGUUUUCUCAAUUGUACUACGAGGAACAAGUUGGGUACGACGGAUCCUACGUGGAUUGCUACAUGAAGGAGAAUCCAGGUGUGUCGGUCCAUGAAGCCACGAGGCAUGUGACUGACAUGAUUGAAGACACGUGGAAGCAACUUAAUCGCGAAUAUCUGUCUCCGGCGGUACCUUUACCGACGGCUUUUGGGAAGGCCGUCGUUGAUUCUGCCAAAAUGGUCCCUUUGAUGUAUGGAAAUGGAGUCGUCGAUGAUGAUGAUCAGGAGUACUCUAAUAUUGAUCGCUCUCCAAGUCUCCAGAAGAAUGCUUAUUAUAGUCAACUUUGUACCUAG